GAAAUAUAAACGAAUAAUGUGAAAAAUAGAGAAGGCUCUUGAAUAAAUUUAAGUAUAUCACUUAAGAUUUUUAUAAUAGAGAUUUGUCAUCAGAUUCAAAGGCAAAACAACGCACCCACAGUACUUAGGUCUGUAGUGUUCUUGUUUUGCUACUUGCUAAUAUGGCAACGCAAAUGCAAAAUGUAUACUACACGAAGUUCUUUAUAUUGAGUAUAUAUUGUUGGAUAUUAGUUGCAAGCCUUUCAGGUGAUACCGAGGAUUCUAAGCACAUUUGCGAGGAUCAAGAAUCAUGUAGGAAAUGCAUUACAGCGUCACCGCAGUGCUAUUGGUGUACAAAAGAGAAUUAUGCCAGCAUGCGUUGUAAUCAGAAGGAAAAGCAUAUUGCCAAUGGUUGCAAUGAUUUUAAUGAUCCACAGUACACAAUUACAUCGAUUGAGGACGAAAAAGUCAGAGACGGUUCAACAACUAAGAAAGCAGUGGUUAUGCAGCCACAGAAAAUCCACCUCAGAAUACGACCUCAUCAAACAGUGGAAAUUCCAUUUAAGUUUUACCAAACCAAAGAUUCUGCCGUGGAUAUGUUUUUCCUUAUCGAUAUAUCAAAAACAAUGGAAAAAUACAUUACCGAGUUAGCAAAUGUUUCGAUACAUCUUGUGGAAAGCCUGCAAAAUAUGACGGGGAGUUUCCGAGUCGGAGCGGGAGUAUUUGUGGAGAAACCAGUACUUCCCUUCGUAUUAGUUCAAGGUAAAGAUGAUAUCUGGAAGAAGGUUGAUACAUAUCGUCUCGUUACAAAAUUAACACAAGACGCAAAAGAAUUCAAAGGCACUAUCAAAAAGUUGCAUUCAUUCACGACAAACAAUGCAGAUAUUCCAGAAGCAGGAUUGGAAGCUAUGAUGCAAGCAGUUGUCUGUGAAGAAAAUGUGGGAUGGCGGAACGAAUCGCGAAAGAUUAUUAUCUAUUGUUCUGAUGCUCCAUUCCAUUAUGCAGGAGAUGGACUGCUUGCAGGUGCAGUAAUCCCUAAUGAUGGCCAUUGUCGCAUGGGAGGGACUAAACGGAAUAUAUACCAAGAAGCAGAGAUUCAGGAUUAUCCUUCCAUUCAACAAAUUGCUAAUGCAUUGUCAUUAAAGCAAGUGACAACAAUAUUUGCAGUGGCCAGUAAAGAAUACAUUCAUCUUUACGAGAAACUAAGCCGUAAAAUAGAAUCCUCCUACGUCAGUGAAUUCAACUCCGAAACAUCAACAAUUGCUGACAUUAUAACUGACAGCUAUAAGAAUAUUUCAUCUUCUGUGACAAUGGCUGUUUCAAAUAAGGGCAUCAAUAUUACCUUCUUUGCAAAGUGUGACGGGAAGAAUUGGACUAAGACGAAAACAUGCGAUGGAAUUAAGCACAGCAGUGUGAUUGAGUUUAAAGCCGUUUUAACCGCCGGGGAUUGUUCUCAAAAGCAAAACCAGACAAUCACAAUUAAUCCUAGUGGAGUUAAGGGUAAACUGGAGAUACAAGUGGAACACAUAUGCGAUUGUGAUUGUGACAAGAUACUUAACAGUUCUCAAUGCAGUGGAAGAGGAACAGAAAAGUGUGGUGAUUGCAUUUGUAACAAAGGCUUUACUGGAAUUAUUUGUGAAUGUACAGAGGAAGAGAGUUUGAAUAUCGGAAACAGUACAGAGAAAUGCAAAAUGGAUAACAGCAGCGAAGUUUGUAGUAACCGAGGAAAAUGUACUUGUGGCAAGUGUCUAUGUAAUCGGAAAUCAUCCAACAAAAUGAAUUUGUACCGGGGAAAAUUUUGUGAGUGCGAUGACUUCUCCUGCCCUCUUUUGAAACGGAGCUUAUGUGGAGGACCUUCGCGGGGUUCAUGCGUCUGUGGAAAAUGUGAUUGCAAAUCCAAUUAUACCGGAGAUGAUUGCGGCUGCCCAAAAACGAACGACUCCUGUUUAAGUGAAAACAAUACAAUAUGUAAUAAUCACGGAAGCUGUUCGUGCGGUGUGUGUACCUGUGAUUCUACCUCUGGUUACACGGGCCCGACAUGUGAAAUUCCUUCAACAUGUUUGAAUAAGUGUCCAGUCAAUUUGGAUUGUAUGUUGUGUGCAAAAUCCAAAAAUACAUCAGAGUGUUACACCAAGUGCAAAGAUAUGCUAUUCGAAGAAGUUGACUCUUUAGACAAAGUGACUGGUAAACUAUGCAAGCUCAUAAAUGAGCUGUGUGUCAUAGAAUACAAAUGUGUGAUCGAAAACGGAAUGGAGUUUCUGAAAAUUCGUAAAAAGGACAAAUGCACGAAAAAACGUGAUAAAACAAAGCUAAUCGGUGGUAUAAUCGGCGGUAUACUUGCUGUUGGGAUUAUACUGCUAUUAUUAUGGAAGCUUGUCAGUAUGUCCCUGGAUUAUCGCGAAAUGGCACGAUUCAGAAAAGAACGUACAGAUGCUGUUUGGAACACACAAACGAACCCGUUAUUCCAGCCAGCUACAACUGAACAUGUGAAUCCAGCGUUUAAAAAAAUGGAUUGAGGUUUUUUGAAUUUUCUAAAUAAAUAUCUUCAAAUAAC